GUCUUCUUCUCCCACCUCCCGCAGGCUCACACGGUCACACCCAAGCGGCCGCACGCCGAUACCGCAGCUCCCUCGCCGGCCACCAUGCUGCCGCCGGCCGCUCGCCUCGCGGCCCGCCGCCUCCUCGGUCUCGCCUCCGCAUCCGCGGUACAGUCCUCCGCGCGCCGCCUCUUUCCGUCUCCGAUCUCCUCCCCCGCCACCGCUUCCACCGCGGCCGCCGCCGCCACGGGUUACUUCUCCAGGUCCUUCUCCUCGGCGCUUAACUACCACAUCGAUUCGCCAGAAAACAGCCCAGACAUGCCAUGGAAGUUCACGGAGGCGAACAUGGAGAAGGUCAAGGAAAUACUAUCUCAUUACCCAAGCAACUACAAGCAAUCUGGUAUUAUUCCGAUGCUAGAUCUUGCGCAGCAGCAGCAUGGCGGGUGGGUCCCAGUUGCAGCGAUGAACGCUAUUGCUGAAAUUGUCGAAGUUGCACCAAUCAGAGUCUAUGAAGUUGCCACAUUUUACUCAAUGUUCAACCGGACUAAGGUGGGUAAGUAUCACCUUUUGGUGUGUGGAACUACGCCUUGUAUGAUUCGUGGUUCACGUGAUAUCGAAGAAGCCCUGUUGAAACACCUUGGAGUUAAACGCAAUGAGGUGACAAGCGAUGGUCUAUUUUCUGUCGGCGAAAUGGAGUGCAUGGGUUGCUGUGUGAAUGCACCCAUGAUUGCUGUGGCUGACUAUACCAAAGGUUCAGAUGCUUACACAUACAAUUAUUAUGAAGACCUCACUCCAAAACGAGUCGUUGAGCUUGUUGAAAUGCUGAGAAGAGGAGAAACGCCCCCGCGUGGCACACAAAACCCAGAGCGGAAAAACUGCGGCCCUGCUGGAGGGAACACCACCCUUCUCGGUGAGCCAAUACCUCCUCCAUGCAGGGAUCUAGACGCCUGCUAGGUUUGCUUCGAGUUAUGAGCACACAAAUAAGUCGGCCUGCGCUGUAUGUCACGCAAACCACAAACAACGAAAAGGCGAUGUUGUUCUGAAGCCUUCUUGUGUUUAUCAAUGAAACACCUCUGCCUGUCACCAUCUCUCUUUUUUUUUCUUCAUUUGUGCCGUCAGCUAAAACUGCCCGUUGGUAGAGAUGCUGCUAUUUUGUAGCUGGCACUUUGGCUGAAGUGGUGGAACGGCGAAACAUUUGUAUUCGGAGAAAGAAACUGCACCUCUGGGCAUCAUGGGAGAAUCAAUCACCUGUUCAUGCUCCUCUGGGAAUCAUACGGGCCUGCUACAUUGUGGAUUUUCUUGGAGUUAUUUUUUGAUACUUAUGUGGCAUUCGGUCUUGUUUCCGCUUGCAACUUUGAAUACAGAUGUUAAGUGUCUUUUUGCUGCA